AGAAUAACAUCUUGCCAAAGACCUGCUCCUGCGAGAAAUCUGGCUGCUACAUUGUUUACUAGUUUCGGCUUCCAGACCGGAUUCAAGGGCAGAGCCAACUAAGAGUGUACAAAAUUGCCCUGUUCAUUCAAGAGCUGGUUAAGUGGUCCUGUCACAUGGACCAACCACAAAACUAGGAGAGCACCACUGGCACCCAGAGAGAAAAGCCCAGAUGCUGGAAAUGAGAUUUAUUCCAGGUCUGGAAUAACAGACGACUGUGAUUUCGUUAGCUGUAUAGCGAAAAGUAGCAGUGCACCAGAAGAGAGACAGUGGCAGUAUCUUAUCUGAGCCCACAGCAUCGGUUCAUCAUGGGUGAAUUCCUGCAGCAGUUUCUUGCUUGCCUCGGGGGCCUCACUUGUCUCGUUUUCCUGGUGAAAUGCGUUCGGUUUUUGAAAUAUUUCUCUCCGCUUGUAUGGAGUACUGUGCCUGAGUCUUUUUUUCGGUCCAUGGGAGAAUGGGCAGUGGUCACAGGAGCUGGCGACGGGAUUGGAAAAGCCUAUUCCUUUGAGCUCGCCAAACGUGGAUUAAAUAUUGUUUUGAUUAGCAGAACACUAACAAAACUGCAGAAGGUAGCCUCUGAAAUUGAGCAGUCCACAGGGAGAAAAGUGAAAAUUAUACAAGCUGACUUUACCAGAAGGAACGUGUACAAUGACAUUGAAGAUGGUCUUCAAGGAUUAGAAAUUGGAAUUUUGGUUAACAACGUUGGAAUGCUUCCUAGCCCCUCUCCAACACGUUUUCUUAAUGGACCAGAGAAUGAUGGGGACCUCAUCAACUGCAACAUCUUCUCUGUCACCAAGAUGACACGGAUGAUUUUGAAACAGAUGGUGUCAAGACAAAAGGGACUGAUUCUGAACGUCUCUUCUGCCACAGGCACCUUUGUCUGUCCACUAUAUGCAGUCUAUUCUGCCUCUAAGGCUUUUGUAUGUAUGUUUUCCAAAGUGCUUCAAGCAGAAUAUAAAGGAAAGGGGAUUAUCAUACAGGCUUUGACUCCUUUGGGUGUCUCUACUCCAAUGACCAACUGGGUAGAGACCAAUCUCUUCAUAAAGUCAGCAGAAGACUUUGCUCGACAAUCGUUGGAGUGUGUCACAUUUGGGGACGAGACAUGUGGAUCCUUAUCUCAUGAAUUCUUGGCAAGGAUCAUAAAGUGCAUUCCUGCAUGGAUCAUUCACAGUGACUGGUUACAAGAGACUAUACUAGUCAGGUUUACAGAAAAAAAGAAUGGGAAGAGUACCUGAGAAAGCCUUCUUUGGAGCUUAUGUUGCUGCAGAACCUGUCAGGAUUGUCUGGUAUGAACAUGCCAGGAGUGAGCUUGAUUCGUUGAAAGGCUUUCAUUAUGAGUAAGAAGAGCCCUACAACCUCUGUCUUUUUUUGUCCUGUUUCAUUGCCAUAUAUUAAGUAUUUCUGCUUCUGUAGUCCCUUUGGAGCCAGAGUUUACACAUGGUGCACACUUAGAUGUAAUUUGAUUUUUGCAACAUUGAUUUUGAUGUUGAUUUGAUCUUAACAUUGAUCACAACAGUGUAGUAUUGUUCUGAAGAUUUAUUUCACUACAUCUGAAAGAAUUAAAAUGUAAAAAUAUGAAGAGAGUUUUUGAGGAGAUGGUGGAGGAGGGGGGGCUCAAAGAGCGUGUUCAGAAGCUCUUUCCACCAGCAUGGGUGAAAAACAGGUUCACCAGCCUAAUGACUUCCAGAUGUUUUGGUCUAAACUUCCGUCAGCUCCAGCUCUGCGAAGGGUUGGACUUUAUUAGUUAUUAGGAGGAGCAAGCCAGAGAAAUGAGUGCUUUGUGGGACCAUUGUCAACAAAUCUUAUCUGUUUGAUCAUAUGACUUAAUAAAUUUUAAUUAAUUGAUUAAAGUUGCAUUUGGACAAAAGCAAAUGUCCUGAAUCAGGUUGCAUAAUUUCUCCGCUUGAAGCUAAUACGAAACUUGUUUCAUAGUAGGCGCCAUCUUAGAAAAACUGUCUCUUUUAAAACAGUAUUUUCUAUGUGCAGUUAUCAAGAUUUGUAUUAAAAUGAUAUAUAAAUUUUAAAAUCAGGAACACCUUCAUACUUGGUUAAAAGUGUUUAUUAAUCUAACCAAUUAAACAAUUCAACAUUUUAGGCUGGUAACUUAGCUGAUCUAUAAUGUAGUGAUCUUGCCUAGUUUGAGCCGAGUCGUAGACUAUCAAACUACUGUUAACUAAUACAUCUGUUAUGGCUAAUAUCCAGUAAGAUAAACUAAUAAAUGUGUCUUAUAAACUAAAUAAUAUUA